AUGCUGAGCCGUUUCAUGAGUGGCAGCAUCAGGAAUCUGGAACGAGAAUACAACUGUACGGUGAGGCUGCUGGAUGACUCGGAGUACACCUGCACGAUCCAGCGCGAUGCAAAGGGACAGUACCUGUUUGAUCUCAUCUGUCACCACCUUAACCUGCUGGAGAAGGACUACUUUGGCAUCAGAUAUGUGGACCCAGACAAACAGAGGCACUGGUUGGGGUUUACAAAAUGUAUUGCCAAACAAAUGAAAUCCCAGCCUCCAUUCACCAUGUGUUUACGUGUCAAGUUUUACCCUCCCGACCCGGCUGCCCUGAAAGAGGAAAUCACAAGAUAUCUAGUCUUCCUACAGAUCAAGAGAGAUCUGUACCAUGGUCGUCUCCUGUGUAGGACGUCAGAUGCUGCCAUGUUGGCUGCCUACAUACUACAGGCUGAGGUUGGUGACUAUGAUCCUGGAAAGCAUCCUGAGGGCUACAGCUCUAAGUUCCAGUUCUUCCCUAAACACUCAGAGAAGCUGGAGAGACGCAUCUCUGACAUCCACAAGACAGAACUAAUAGGACAGACUCCAGAAGAGUCCGAGCUGAACUUCCUGCAGAAGGCCCAGGAGCUGGAGACGUAUGGUGUGGACCCUCACCCCUGCAAGGAUGUGUCAGGGAACCCUGCCUUCCUGGCCUUCACUCCGUUUGGCUUCACUGUCCUGCAGGGGAACAGGAGAGUCCAUUUCCUCAAUUGGGACGAGGUGACAAAGCUGAAGUUUGAGGCAAAGACAUUCCAUAUAUAUGCAAAUCAGAAAGAGGACAAGAAGAUCAUCUUGACAUAUUUUGCACCUACACCUGAGGCCUGUAAACACCUGUGGAAGUGUGGAGUUGAGAAUCAGGCUUUCUACAAGUUGGACAAGUCCAGCCAGGUCAGAACAGUGUCCAGCAGUAAUCUGUUCUUCAAAGGAAGUAGAUUCAGAUACAGUGGCAGGGUUGCUAAGGAAGUAAUGGAGCAAAGUGCCAAAAUAAAACGGGAACCUCCCGAGAUUCACAGGGCUGGUCUGGUACCCAGUAGGAGCUGUCCUUCCAUCACCCACGGCCCAAGGCUGACCAGUGUCCCCCGACAAAGACGGAGAGCUGUACACAUCUCCAUCAUGGAGGGCCUGGAGUCCCUACGAGACUCCGCCCACUCCACGCCCGUUCGUUCCGUCUCCCAUGGCGACUCCUUCAUGCCACGACACCGUCACCACACAACAGAUGCCGGCGAGGGCGGGUCAUCCCAGCGGGUCAUCUCUGACGAGGCCUACUGCCCCUCAGACAGUGUGCUGCCCACCCCCAUGGCGGAACACAGCCUGGAGCUAGCCGUGGCACGCCACCCUAAUGGAGCCCCCUGCAGCAUCGAAGAAGAGGAGUCGGAGGCCGGGACUCCUGAGGGACAGGUGGCUGAGUUUGGCCCCGACGGCAGAGUGCUUCGGCUGGGUCGGACCAGGAAGUCUCUCCCUAACAAGGAGGUGCAGGAGCUACAUAAGUUCAUCCUGAGUGUGUUGCGUAUGUUCCUGGUGACCAUGGGACUGCUGUUUGCCCUGCUCUCCCUCCUCAUCAUGCUGACUGAGUCUGACCUGGACAUCGCCUUCCUCCGGGACAUACGCAAGACGCCUGAGUUCCAGCAGUUCCACUUUGAGUAUUUCUGCCCUCUCAGACGGUGGGUUGCCUGCAAGUUCCGCUGGAUGGGAGGCUUCCUUAUAGACAAGUGAGAAAGACUGAGCGAUGGAGGGAGAGAAAGAGGAGUGAAUGAAAAAGAGGCCUCUGAGAGGACGUACGUGAAGGAUGGAGGGAGGAUAGGAGGAAGUCAAGGAAGGCUGUAGACAGGAAGGGAGGGCUGCUCCAUCUGAACGGGAAUUAACCUAAAGCUUCUCCCACAAGUCACUUCCUGUUACAAGCCAAGGACCGCCCCCUUCGCUGACCCUCUUCCCUUUUCUAACCAUCAGACUGAACGGAGGACAUUU